GUAAACGAAAACUGUCAACGAUCUAGUAAUGGUUCGGUAAACCAUCAACCGUAACAAAAGCAGCAUUCGAAACGCUGCGACAAAGAUUAUUUCCAUGCACAGUAAAGCCUGUUACGAGGUGGUGGAACGUUUAUUGAAGUUUUCAAGAUUGUUGAACAUGAUGCUGCUACUGAUCAGAUGAGAAACAAACUUCGUCGCGAACUUACAGCAGAACUUAUUUCCAGCAAGACCAGAUGCAUAUAAUGCUAGAGUAACGUGACCCCCUCCCCCGAGAAAGUAUACGUGUACAUCAUCUGAAUUUACCGAAAGUAAUUUGUGAAAAUACAUACACCACACCCCACGGUUCAAUUGAUCGUUCGAACCGCGGGACUGACAUUUACAGACGGUGCGGUUUAAAAAGGCCAUCGUGAUCGAGGGGGGCCUCUCGUUGCCGUUACGAUCGGACACAAUUGUGGUUGAUUGUGGGCCGCCAUUCGUUAUUGUCGCUCAUUUAUCGCGUUGGAUCGGGUCAUUAGAAGCAAAAACUUGUGCCCGGUGCUUGUCUCGCGAAACAGCAAACACAGAACAGUUGGCAGAUUGGGUUGGUUCUGGUUUUGAACGAGCGAAGCAAGAACAAACCGUGUGCGCGGUUUAGUGUAAAGAAGUGAAAAGAAUCGGGAACCAACAGGUACACAUAUAGGAGCAAAAAAUGUCACAUCACAGCGAUGAUCAGCUGCUGCAGGCCGGCAGUGAUUCGUUUUGGGAGCUGAACAAUUACAAACGCACCACCAAGCGGAUAGAGGAUGGCUACAAAUUGUGUACGGAGCUGCAAACACUGAUCCAGGAGCGUGCCGAAAUUGAAAAAGCAUAUGCCAAAAAUUUGAAAGCAUGGUCAAAGAAAUGGGGCGAAUUGAUUGAGAAAGGACCAGAAUAUGGCACGACAGAAGCGGCCUGGAAAGGAAUGCUUACGGAGGCAGAACGUUUGUCCGAUCUGCAUCUAAAAAUUAAGGCAAGCCUUUGUUCCGAUGUAACACUUCAGAUUAAAGAAUGGCAAAAGGAUAACUAUCACAAGUCGAUGAUGCAAAUCAAGGAGCGCAAAGAAAUGGAAGAUCAAUUCAAACGGGCACAGAAACCAUGGGCAAAAUUACUAGGAAGUGCUGAAAAAGCGAAAGCAGAUUACCACGCGGCAUGCAAGAUGGAAAAAUCCGCAACCAACCAGGAACGGAAUGCCUCCAGUGAUUCUUCGAUGUCAAACGAUCAGCUAAAAAAGAUGCAAGAAAGGGUACAGAAGCUUAAGGACGAUGUAGCGAAGAGCCGCGAUCGAUACGAACAAACGCUUAACGAGAUCAAAGAGUAUAAUCCCGUGUACAUCGAAAGCAUGACGAACGUUUUCCGGAAGUGCCAAGAGAUGGAGGAAACUCGGUUGUGUUUCUUCAAAAAUGUACUGUUCUCGAUACACAAAUGUUUGAACAUUUCGGAAGAUCCGAGCUUGCCGCAAAUUUACAAAGAAUUCCACCACACGAUCAACAACGCCGACCACCAGAAGGAUCUCAAGUGGUGGUCCAAUAAUCACGGUGUCAACAUGGGUAUGAGCUGGCCAACGUUCGUGGAGUACACGGAAGAGUUCCGCGACAUUGCCAAGGGAAUCAAAUCCAAAGAAGCUUUACCCGCAGCGCCGAUCACGCUCAUUCAUCAGCGACCCGUGGCCGAAGAUUUGCAUGAAUAUCCGCCACCGCCGCCGGCUAAUAACAAUCGGCUACUUGGAGGAGGCAAUCGGAACAGUACGGCCCUCAGUAUUACCAAUUCGACUGGCAACAAUCGUACCACUCCGACACCGAAUAAUGAUUCACCCAAAUCGGAAACGGCUUCAACAAAAAAUGAACCAGCCAGUACACCUACCCGAACAUCGCCUGGACGCGCUGCACCCGGUGCAACGGUCGUCACCAAUGGUAACACCGGAACGAACGGUAAAGCGAACGAUAGCAAUCCUUUCGAAGAGGAAGAAGAGUGGGACGAGGGCGAUGGUAACGAUAAUCUGUUGGUGGACAAUGGUGAACCUGGCGUACCCGUGAAGGCACUGUACGAUUACGAAGGUGCGGAAAGUGAUGAGCUUACGUUCAAACAGGGUGAUUUAUUUGAAAAGCUAGAAGAUGAGGAUGAACAAGGCUGGUGUAAAGGACGAAAGGACGGGCGAGUAGGACUGUACCCGGCAAACUACGUGGAAGUGGUAGCGACGUAAGCGUCGGCAAACUUUUACAGCAAAUGAGGAAACGAAAAACAAAACCUUCCAAAGGGAAGGCAGGCAAUAUGUACAACGGUGAAAAUAUGAUAAGUGAACGUAGUCAAACCGAAGUACAAGCUGCUGGUAUGUUGGAUUUUAUUUGAUUACAUUUGGUAGUGAACGAAAACAACAAACAAACAAACAAACAAAAAAACCCAUAAACCAACAUCACAUUUAUAACGGUGAAGCAAAUAUGCACGUGGUUACAGUCUUUAAAAUUGAUAGAACGAGACAAACACAGAACAAACACGGGCAGCCAACAACGACGUGUUUUGGUUUGCUUUCAUCGCGGGUAGUUUUGAAGCAACGCGCCAUCGUUCUCUGGAACAACUAAGCUUAAAGGAUAAGAUCCGCAGAACCAAUAAUACACAUCUGAAGGACCUAUAAUGAAACUUUGGCCAAAAAGAAAAGGAAGUAUUUUUGUAUGUUGGAAAAUGUAGAUACUUCCACCGUGUCUGGGUUGCACGCACGUAGAAAUAGAGCCAUAGAGAGCCGGUGAAGGUGUUUAUUCGUACACUUAAAUACGUAGGUUUUUGCUCCUGGAAUACAAUUCGUAGAGUGGUGCCCCCUGUGUAGGUCCUUUUGGCGGCGUGUAUUGUUAAUCGUAGGAAAGGAAUAGUGUUUUGCAAAGCCAAUCAUGAAUCAUCAUGAUUAAUCUGUUAUUUACGUACACUUUAUCGUUUGUAUGUCGAUAAAGGGGUUUGAAGUGGUUUUAUUUUAUUAUUAUUUCCUUCCUGGUUGGAUCAUUUCUCGUUAGAAUGUACAGUUUUGAUGCUAGAAUUCAUAUGAACUAUUUGGUAAAACACACACACACCCACAUGAAACGAAAGUGGUGCGGUUGUGUUUGCCAUUAUGAACUUGCCUUUCGUACGGGUGUAUAGGUUUUUGACGUACUUUUGGAAGAUCCACCGGGAUCCGAAAGAUCCCGCCAAUGGAGCAGAUGAAGGGCCCGUUUUCCAUCACGUCCUUGAUGAAGCAAAAUGAAGGAUCGAAUGAGUUUAGUCAUAUCUACGUCUUUGUUUUGUUCAAUCAGUUGUUCCAUUUUAUAGUACUAUAUACGGUUUUUUAAAUAAAAGAAAGCAUCUAGAUUUAAGUAGAAAUUGAAGCAAUUCUAAGCAUCUGAAGCUCUGCAUUUAGAAAAUGAAUCGAACGAUUGCUGUUUUAUUACUGAUUCGGUGUGAACUGUCGUUUCCAAAAUACAGCAGGAAAAAAAAAGCGAAAAACAAAACAUUUAAAUCGACUGGGACGGCUCUGGGAAUUAAUAGAUUUUGCAUCCCUUUUCGGGAGGCAACAACAGCUCAAGGUAGAGAACAAUCAAUCUGUGCACCGUACUAAAUGUCGAGCUCUUGUAAUAGCGACACUAUACUCUACUGUAGAACACAUUCGUGUUACGGAACACGCGUAGACUAUUCCACCCAUAUGUACCGCAGAACACGAUCUACAGGGUUUUCAAAUCAAUUAGAAAAUAUCAUUUAGAAGAACUAUUUCCCACCUCUCACUCGCUACAAUACGACAUGGUAUGUACAUGAUUGGUUUUGUUUUUCUUGUAUUUACUCAGACUUUAUAAACUCAAGCAGCUUGUUACAAACCCCGAAAAGAAACGAAAACAAUUAGCAAUGUGUUUUAUAUAGGGCAAAUAUUUUUCUGCACUGAAUAAUACCGAUCAUCAUGCGGAAUAGUUCAACCAUAGUCGGAUGUUUGUAACGCAAAAAGGCGUUGUGAUUUUUAUUUUCACAUUUUCUACUGUACAGUUUUCAGAGCAAAACAAGGUUUUGUUGCACGUUUUGUGUGGUACAAACACAUUGAAAUGCUGUUUUGCGAUUACAAACCGAAGGAAAGGUGAAACUGUUGACAAGAAAACAUAAAGCGAAACAGAAGAACACGCAGAUACGAUCAGUAAGUUGGAACGGAUGGGGAAAAAAGUAAACGCAUUAGUAAUAACAGUUGAAGUAGUGUGAUAGUGAACAUAAAGGAUAACACACUGCAUACAGAUCGUUAACGAAUGAAUGAAUGGUUGAAAUGUAAGCAAAAGAACAUGUUGUGUAUUAUAUUAAGUUUGAGGAAAUAUAUGUAAAGAAGUAAUAACAA